UUGUUUUCAGUCGGUAACAUACCUUAUGAAGCCACAGAGGAGAAGUUAAAAGAUAUUUUCAGUGAAGUGGGUCCAGUAUUAUCGUUCAAGCUUGUAUUUGACCGUGAGACUGGUAAGCCGAAGGGGUAUGGGUUCUGCGAAUACAAAGACCAGGAGACAGCGCUAAGUGCUAUGAGAAAUCUCAAUGGCUACGAAAUUGGAGGACGCUCCCGUGUGGACAACGCUUGUACUGAAAAAUCUAGAAUGGAGAUGCAAGCCUUGAUGCAGGGACCUCAGGUGGAGAAUCCAUAUGGUGAAGCGGUGGAGCCUGAGAAGGCUCCAGAAGCUAUUAGCAAGGCUGUUGCUACUCUUCCGCCAGAGCAAAUGUUCGAGCUGAUGAAACAGAUGAAACUUUGCAUACAGAAUAAUCCUACCGAAGCAAGGAACAUGUUGCUUCAGAACCCACAACUGGCUUAUGCAUUACUCCAAGCCCAAGUGAUCAUGAGGAUUGUGGACCCAGCUACAGCUGUUAGUAUGCUGCAUCCAAGCAAUCCGGUUCCACCAGUGUUGCAGUCUGGAGACAAGCCACAACCCAAUACUUAUGCGAAUAAUCCUCCACCAUGUAACACAACCCCUCCAUUGCUUGUUAAUCCUGUACCACCGCCCAGCCAGUAUCCACCAACUCGUCCGUCGAUGGACGUUGACUUGCGAGGAUCACGCGCGGCUGUGCCCCCGCUGCUCGACCAGGACAUGCGCAGUCUGCCGCCCGUGCACCCUCCGCACCAGACGCCACACCCUGUGCCGCCGCCGCAGCACCACGCGGCAGAACCGUGAGUGUACACCAAUACUUAAUAUUUAUAGCAUUGGCAUGCAAAAUGACACAUCUAAAAUGAGUUAAGUAUGGGAAAAGGAAAGUACAAUUGAUACCAUUAAAAGAGCCUCCUAUCUUGCUGAUAGAAUGGGCCUACAAAUAAACAAAUAAUUCACCUUAACUUAGUGUCUUCUAACUGUAAACACUGACUACAAUACAAGAAACGAGGAUAUCCACUUUCUAGUGCUGAUGGUCAGUAAGCAGUGAAUGUGGACUAUGAACCUUAACAUUCUGGGUUCAAUUCCCAAACUAGCCAUGUAACAUCUCUUAAUUUUUGACUUGAAAAACAUAUGAAAUACUUGCGAUUGAAUCAGUGUAAAAUUUGGUGAUAUCAGCUCGGCGAUAUGGAUGCAUUAAAUGUGCCUCUGCCAACCCCUUUGAAAAUAAAGACUAGUGACUUUGA